AUGUUCAUUGGUGGUUUGAACUGGGAAACUACAGAUCAAUCUCUCCGUGAUUAUUUUUCUCAAUUCGGCGAAGUUCACGAAUGUACCGUUAUGCGUGACAGUGCUAGUGGCCGCUCUCGUGGCUUCGGCUUUUUGACCUUCCGUGACCCUAAGACUGUGAAUACUGUUAUGGUGAAGGAACACUAUCUGGAUGGAAAGAUUAUUGAUCCCAAGCGUGCUAUUCCUCGUGAUGAGCAAGAGAAGACCUCUAAGAUCUUCGUUGGUGGUGUUAGCCAGGAGGCAACCGAGCAAGAUUUCAAGCAGUUCUUUAUGCAGUUCGGACGCGUUGUGGAUGCUACUCUCAUGAUUGACAAGGACACCGGCCGCCCCCGUGGAUUUGGCUUCGUUACAUUCGACAGCGAGGCUGCCGUUGAGAAGACUCUCGCUCGUCCCCUGGACAUCCUUGGAAAGCCCAUUGAGGUGAAGAAGGCUCUUCCCCGUGGCAACUUGCGUGAUCAGAACAAUGAUCAGCGUGGUGGUCAACGCAACGGUGGAUUCCGUGACCAAAACCAGAACGACGGAGGCCAGCAGCAGGCGCCCCAGCAGGGACAAGGCAGCAGCAUGACCCCCCCAGAUGAUGGCCCAAUACUGGCAGCGCAUGCAGCACAGCAAAUGCAAGCAAUGCAGAUGCGCCAGCAGCAACAGCAGAUGGGCGCCCAGCAGCAAGGUAGCAUGAGCCCUGGCGGAGCCCAGAGUCCCGGUGUCCAGCAGCCCAUGCCCAACAUGAUGAACGCCGCCAUGAUGCAGCAGAACCCCGCCGCCGCCGCCGCCGGUGCCGGAAACGACAAUGCCAGCCCAGGUCCCAACGCCGCCGCCCAGCAGGCCGGACAGCCCGGACCCGGCUACAACGCCCAUGAACAGCUUGCCUUCGAGCAGCAGAAGUACGAACAGCAGCAGGCCCACCGCACAAUGGAUCCCCGCGGUUUCUCGCCCUACCAGCAACAGGGAGGCCCUACAUCUUGGGAGGGAAUGUACGACGAGGUUCCCCAGCCCCACGUCCCAGGAGGACCGUCAGGUAUGCGACGCAUUGGAAGUUCAGGGCGCGGAAAUACCCCCCAGCCGCAGAGCACCGCUCCUGCCAACGCCCCCACCGGUCCCCGUAACGCUGGCAAGCCCGGCGCAAACUACCGUGGUGGUCGUGGAGGCGGUAGUCACCGCGGUUACCACCCUUACCAGCGCUAA